CAAUCCAAUCCACGCCUCCAGCCAAUCUCCCCCUCGGCUGCUGCAACACGGCUGCAUAGGGCGAGAAGCUAGCGGAGGCAGGCGAUCCACGCCGCGAGGAAGAUGCCUGGUCUCAUGGCCCGGGCGCCGGCGAGGAAGCCCGGGGAGUCGCGCGGCAUGGCUGGGGCUGGCCGCCGCCGCGUCGCCGGCGAAGGGCCCGGCACGAAGGUGCCCGCCGACAUCUCCAAUCAAGAUCCCCAGCUGAUUCUCCGGAAGAGGCUGCGCGCGGAGAUGGAGGCGCUCCGCGGCCUCCUCAGGAAGGCGGAGCUCCUGUCCGGCAAGACCGUCGGCAACGGCCGCGCGGCAGCUCGUUGCGGCAAGGACGGCCGGUUCUUGGCGGCGGAACACCGAUCGGAGGCUACGGAGGCGGAGAGGACGCCAUGUGCCAAGAGAAGGAAGACGAUGCCUCUCGCGGAGAUCGUCGUCGAACCCAGGAUGUCAGCGGACGAGAUCUCCAACCUGGUCGCCCGAGUCGCGUCGCUCUCGUCGAACAUGCCAGCUCACAUCCUCGAGUUCCUUAAGGAGGAGUGCACCGGCCACGAAGACGGGAACAGCGGCGAGAUAGAGAUCGACCUCGGAUCCAUGAGGCGCUCCGCAAUGCCCGAGCUGAGGAAGUUGCUGGACGAGUUCGCUGAAGGGGAGAAGCGCCGGCACCAGACGGAUGCGGCGAGCGCAUCGAGGCCCAUUAGCCGGUCGUCGCCGGAUCAACAUGAAGACGGCGAGAUCGUCGUCGAGGAGGACGACGCCAUCGUUGAUAUAUGCGUCGACGCCUCUCCCACGGCAGCAGAACAGGUUCUUCGUUCACCGCCGCGUUUGCUUGAGGGCGGCGAGAUAGAGGAGGAGGCGGCGGACAUGUUGGUCGACAUCUGCGGCGACGCCUCCCCUGUGGCAACCAAGACGCUCGCUGGACCAGGAAACCGCCCUGGCAGUAGCAGUAGCAGUAGCAGUUCAAGCUGCUCUUCCGGAUCCUCCAGCGAUCCAUCACAUUCUGAUAGCGGCGACUCCGGCUCCGACGACGAGAGCGUGACAAGCAGCCCGGCUCCGGCCGUCCUUCACAAUACCUCUCCCGGCGCCUCUCCCGUGGGAGUGCCGGACAAGGUUCUGUGCUCAUCGCCGUGCUCACUUGAAGACGGGGAGUGCCGGAUAGAGGAACGCGGGGGCGCAGCGGCGAAGUUUGCCGACCAUGAGAGUGUCGGAGGCAGCCUGGUUCCUCUGAUUCUUCCCGAAAGAGGCGACGAGCCCGAGACGGCGCUGGAGGCGCUUCCGAUCGCACGCGACCAGAGUAUCCCUCAGGCGACGUAUCGUGAUCUCAUCGCCAGGGCUUGCCAGAUGCUGCGCAGGCGGCGGCAUCCGGCGAGGCAGCGAGCCUAUGAAGAGCUGGAAGAGAUGGAGAGGAACGCGAAGCCGAUCGGCGACUGCGUACACCCGAUGCACCUGAGGCAGCUGGGGAUCACUCCGGUGGAGCACGCUGUGACCUCUGAGCGGCGUGCUCCUGGUCGUGGCAGCCCGGUGCAGAGGCUACUUGGGCUCUUCUUGAAAGCAGAGUAG